UGUGUGUGUGUGUGUGUGUGUGAUUAAAUGCUCAAAGGACUGAGAAGGCAGCAGAACAGCAAGCAAGUAUGCCUCCAAAGAAAAAAACUAAAAAGACCACAAAGAAGAAUCCAGAAAAAAGUGAAAAUGAGUUGGAAGCAAAGUAUAGGCACAGUAUUCUGGAUGCUGCCAUUCUGCAGGAUCACAUUGCCUUACAGAGAGAGUCAGUAAUAAAGACCCAGUCUGACAGGAUUGACCUGAGGAGACGCAUGAGAGACGCGGAGCAGAAGCUGCAGCACGAGAGACAAGACCAUAGGGACGUCAACUGUGACCUCAGUCGCCAGUACAAAACCAUGCAGGUGGAGCUAACCAGCAAGGUAGAGAGGCUGGAGAAGGAGGUCAGCAAGCUAAAGGAACAACUUGCCUUGUGUCAGGAGGAACUGAGGAAAGAGAGAAGACAGCAUGAGCAAUUGGAAAAGGACAAGGAUGCCACUGUAGCUGAUCUCCAACAUAAAUUGGACAACAUGGACGCAGACUAUGAGAAGAUCCUGCAUGAUACUCUUGACAGCCUGACCUCGCAGCUGUCUGUAGCCCGACAGGGAUGGGAGGACAAGAGCACAACCCUUCAUCAAAAUUACAAGGAACUGCUCUCUGAAUUUGGCCUGAAUGCGCUGGAUAUCUAAACGACGGGCUCCUUACAAAUGAAGGCCAGUGCUCCUCUCAGUGAGACACAUUUGUUUGAUGUUGCAUCAACACUUCAUUCUAUUUGAACUCAUGUUGCAUCUGUGUUUGGUCCAAUUGAAAGUGACACCAACGACACUAUCAAUUUGCAUCUUACACUUGAGCACACUGAUAGAUGUUGUUAUAAUAUUUUUCCA